CUAGUAACGGCACAUAUCUUGGUAAGUGCUAACAGAUGGAUAAAGCUUAGAGAUAUUAAUGGCGGUUUCUGCAGGGGCUUUAGCUUUUGCCUCUCCCCUUUCUCCAUCUCCCGCCUUAUCCGUUCGCGCCGCCUUUAGUUCCACUCCGGUGACUGUUUCCGAGAUUAAAGAUGAACAAGGAAACAGCAGCAGCAGCAGCUCUUCCACCCAGAAAUUCACCUACAGUCGAGCCUCCCCCGCCGUCCGAUGGCCACACUUGAACCUCCGUGAGACAUAUGAUUCCAAAACCUCAACACAAUCUCUUCCUCCGGUUUCUCCGAUCGCCGAUACGCCGGAUUCCGACGAAUUCAUCGAUUCGGUUACCUCCAGCGAACACCAAAAGGCGAACGAAGAAGCCGCCGUGGCGACUCGACGAAGGAGAGUGAAGAAGAUGAACAAGGUCGCGCUGAUAAGAGCCAAAGACUGGAGGGAGAGAGUCAAACUCCUAACGGAUAAGAUCCUAACCCUUCAACCUAACCAAUUCGUGGCGGACAUCCUCGACGCCCGCCUCGUUCAGAUGACUCCCACCGAUUACUGCUUCGUCGUGAAAUCAGUCGGCGCGGUGAGCUGGCAGCGAGCUCUCGAGGUUUUCGAGUGGCUCAACCUCCGCCACUGGCACUCUCCCAACGCGCGCAUGGUCGCAGCCAUUCUCGGCGUUUUGGGGCGGUGGAAUCAGGAGUCUCUCGCGAUUGAGAUUUUCGCUAGAGCUGAGCCGGCGGUUGGAGAUACGGUUCAGGUCUACAACGCGAUGAUGGGCGUUUAUUCGCGUAGCGGGAAGUUUACGAAGGCGCAGGAGAUGCUCGACGAAAUGCGGAAGAGAGGGUGCGUUCCUGAUUUGAUUAGUUUCAAUACUUUGAUCAACGCUAGGGUUAAGUCCGGUGGCUUGACUCCGAAUCUAGCCCUUGAGUUGUUAGAUAUGGUGAGGAACUCGGGUCUUAGGCCUGAUGCUAUCACAUACAACACUCUACUUAGCGCGUGUUCUAGAGAUUCGAAUUUGGAAGGGGCUGUGAAGGUUUUCGAGGACAUGGAAGCGCAUCGUUGCCAGCCUGACUUGUGGACUUACAAUGCUAUGAUCUCUGUUUAUGGAAGAUGCGGGCUUGCUGCGAAAGCUGAGAGUCUCUUCGCGGAGCUGGAGCUUAAAGGCUACUUCCCUGACGCGGUUACCUAUAAUUCUUUGCUCUAUGCUUUUGCUAGAGAGAGGAAUACGGAGAAGGUGAAGGAGGUUUACGAGGCGAUGCAGAAAAUGGGGUUUGGGAAAGACGAGAUGACUUACAACACGAUUAUUCACAUGUAUGGGAAGCAGGGGCAGCUUGAUCUCGCGCUGACGCUUUAUAAGGACAUGAAAGGUUUGUCUGGUAGAAGCCCUGAUGCUAUUACUUACACGGUUUUGAUAGACUCGCUUGGUAAAGCAAACAGAACCGUGGAAGCUGCAGCGUUGAUGUCUGAGAUGCUUGAUGUUGGGAUCAAACCAACUCUGCAGACGUAUAGUGCUCUCAUCUGCGGUUAUGCCAAGGCUGGGAAGCGAGAGGAGGCUGAAGAUACUUUCAGUUGCAUGUUGCGCUCGGGGACUAAACCUGAUAAUUUGGCGUAUUCUGUAAUGCUGGAUGUGUUACUAAGAGGCAACGAGACAAGAAAGGCGUGGGCUUUAUAUCGUGAUAUGAUUUCUUAUGGUCAUACACCGACUCACAGUCUUUAUGAGUUGAUGAUACUUGGACUUUUGAAGGAAAACAGGGCAGAGGACAUUCAGAAAACCAUCAGAGAUAUGGAAGAACUGUGUGGCAUGAACCCACUAGAGAUUUCCUCUGUUCUUGUUAAGGGUGAAUGCUUUGAUCUUGCCGCUAGACAGUUGAAAGUAGCUAUCACCAAUGGCUAUGAACUGCAAAACGACACGCUGUUAUCUAUCCUGGGUGCCUACAGUUCAUCAGGCAGGCAUUCAGAAGCAUGUGAGUUACUUGAGUUUUUGAAAGAACACGCCAGUGGAUCUUGGCUGCUUAUAAAUGAAGCACUAAUUGUUCUACACUGCAAGGUUAACAAUAUAAUUGCUGCGCUAGAAGAAUACUUUGCUGGCGCAUGUGUUCAUGGAUGGAGUUUUGGCAGUUCCACCAUGUAUGAGUCUUUAUUACACUGCUGUGUAGCAAAUGAACGUUACGCAGAAGCUUCUCAAGUUUUCUCUGACCUGAGACUGUCUGGCUGUGAAGCUUCAGAAAGUGUUUGUAAAAGCAUGGUUGGUGUGUAUUGCAAGCUUGGCUUUCCAGAGACAGCUCAUCAAGUGGUUACUCAGGCUGAGACAAAAGGCUUCCACUUUGCUUGUUCGACUACGUUUACUGAUAUCAUUGAGGCUUAUGGAAAACUAAAGCUAUGGCAAAAAGCAGAGAGUGUGGUUGGCAACUUAAGACAAAGUGGACGAACCCCUGAUCUCAAGACAUGGAACAGUUUGAUGACGGCUUAUGCUGAGUGUGGCUGUUACGAGCGGGCAAGGGCUAUAUUUAACACUAUGAUGAGGGAUGGUCCGUCUCCAAGUGUUGAAUCCAUCAACACUCUGUUGCAUGCUUUGUGUGUAGACGGCAGGCUUGAGGAGCUAUACGUUGUUGUUGAAGAGUUGCAAGAUAUGGGUUUCAAGAUUAGCAAAAGCUCUAUUCUUUUGAUGCUUGACGCAUUUGCUCGAGCUGGAAAUAUCUUUGAGGUAAAGAAGAUAUAUAAUAGCAUGAAGGCUGCUGGUUACUUGCCAACAAUUCGCCUUUAUAGGAUGAUGAUUGAGCUUUUGUGCAAAGGGAAACGAGUCAGAGAUGCCGAAGUUAUGGUUUCUGAAAUGGAAGAAGCUGGCUUCAAGGUCGAGCUCGCGAUAUGGAAUUCCAUGCUGAAGAUGUAUACAGCUAUCGAGGAUUACAAGAAAACAGUUCAAGUGUACCAUAGGAUCAAAGAAACGGGGCUAGAACCAGAUGAGACCACUUACAAUACUCUCAUUAUAAUGUAUUGUAGAGACAGACGGCCAGAAGAAGGGUAUUUGCUUAUGCAGCAAAUGAGAAACAUUGGUCUGGAACCAAAACUGGACACAUACAAGAGCUUGAUCUCAGCUUUCGGUAAGCAAAAAUGCCUUGAACAAGCGGAACAGCUGUUUGAAGAGCUUCUCUCCAAAGGUUAUAAACUAGACCGUUCAUUUUACCACACGAUGAUGAAAAUAUCCCGAGAUUCUGGGAGCGACUCUAAGGCAGAGAGGCUGCUGCAAAUGAUGAAGAGUGCCGGAAUAGAACCAACACUUGCUACAAUGCAUCUGCUGAUGGUUUCGUAUAGUUCUUCAGGAAAGCCCCAAGAAGCUGAAAAAGUUCUUAGUAACCUGAAAGAAACAGACGUGGAACUAACAACUCUGCCUUAUAGUUCAGUCAUUGAUGCUUACCUUCGGAGCAAAGAUUAUAACAGUGGAAUAGAAAGGCUAUUGGAAAUGAAGAGAGAGGGCCUGGAGCCAGACCACAGGAUAUGGACUUGCUUUAUUAGGGCGGCGAGUUUCUCCAAGGAAAAAAGUGAAGUCAUGCUGCUGCUGAAAGCUCUUCAAGAUAUUGGUCUUGAUCUUCCUAUCAGGCUUCUAGUUGAAAGACCUGAGUUGCUAGUUUCUGAGGUGGAUGAAUGGUUUGAGAAACUGAAACCCAUAGAGGACAAUGCUGCUCUCAAUUUUGCCAAUGCCCUUUUGAAUCUUCUCUGGGCUUUCGAACUCCGAGCUACUGCAUCAUGGGUAUUCCAGAUAGCAAUCAAAAGGGGUAUCUUCAGUCGCGACGUUUUCAGGGUGGCGGACAAGGAUUGGGGUGCUGAUUUUAGAAGAUUGUCAGCAGGUGCAGCGCUUGUUGCCCUAACUCUAUGGCUUGACCACAUGCAGGAUGCAUCACUUGAAGGGUACCCAGAAUCUCCAAAGUCAGUAGUCUUAAUCACAGGGACCGCAGAGUACAACGGCAUCUCCCUGGACAAAACGUUAAAGGCAUGUCUUUGGGAGAUGGGCUCUCCAUUUCUUCCUUGCAAGACGAGAACAGGACUUCUAGUAGCGAAAGCUCACUCUCUCAGAAUGUGGUUGAAGGACUCACCCUUCUGCUUCGACUUGGAACUGAAAGACUCAGUUUCUUUACCGGAAACAAGCUCGAUGGAGCUGAUCGACGGGUGUUUUAUAAGACGCGGCCUUGUUCCUGCAUUUAACCACAUCAAAGAGAGACUUGGUGGGUUUGUAUCACCAAAGAAGUUUUCUAGACUAGCUCUGCUACCGGAUGAGAUGAGAGAACGAGUGAUUAAGACAGAUAUAGAAGGACAUAGACAGAAGCUAGAGAAGAUGAGAAAGAAGAAUAAAGGAAAUGAAAUUGUAAACGUUAACACUCGAAGGAAGUUCAUUAGAAGUAAGUAAUGAGAUUAUACUCGGUUAUACAUACACAACACGAGUGAUAUGUACAAAGUGUUUUCAUCUGUAUGUUUUAUUUAUUUACUACAAUGAUUAGUAAUUUAAAGAGUUACAUGACGUCGAAUAGUUUAUUACCGCUAAAUAUGUUGUAACUUGUAAAUGUGUUAAUUAUGUUCUUGAAUACUCUUUGAAACAGUCAAGUUCAAGCAAA